AUGUCAGUUCAAAUUCUCGACAAUUUCUCAUUGUCAUUGGCGCGGUUAUCCUCUUUUGUACAACACUAUACUAGCAAACCAAAGUCAAUGAAAAUCGAACCGCCGAGUCUUAAAAGUAACUUGAGCCUACAGUGUACAAGGGUGAGAGAAUGCGUUCGCAAACGGAGCUCCACCAGCAAGUUCGAGUCCUCGCCGCGACUGAACGACGACGAUUGGAUCAUAAGCAGUUCCACGCCACCCUUGUUCUCCUUCUCCGAGUCCGAGAUGGAUCAGUUGUAG